GAACAGGGAAAAGGAAACUUCCUUGAGAUCAAGAACAAGUUCCUGCAGAGACGCUAUAAGUUAUUAGAGCAAGCUCUGGUGAUUGAGGAGCAGCUGCGGCGUGCAGCCUACAUGAAUCUUCAGAACUCGACUACAGACGGCACUGCCCAGUUAGCACAACGAUUUGCUGAUAUUGAAAAUGUAGCCGAUUCUCAUGCGAAUGUAGCAAAGGAUUCAGCAGCUGGCAAUAGAAACGCCAAUGCAGUAUUGCACAAAGUGCUAAAUCAGCUGGAAGAGCUGCUCUCUGAUAUGAAAGCUGAUGUGUCUCGUUUGCCAGCCACAUUGUCGCAACUUCGUCCUGUUACCCAUAGAUUAGCUAUGACAGAGAGGCAGUAA